AUGGUGCACAACUAUGGCCAGCAGCUGACAUCUGCAAAGACCAGCUCUGUCGCCGACCGCACAGUUGACUCUGAGGACCCAGGAACUUCUGAGCACAAUAAUUAUGAGCGGCCAUCGAUUCCCGCGGAAUGGGAGCCUCUCGAGUCGAGAAUCCGCCGAAAAACCGACUUACGGCUGUGCUCUAUUGCCGGGAUCCUGUGCAGUCUCAACCUGCUGGACUCGGGAAUCCUCGCGUCCGCAUCCGUCACGACGUUGCUGGAUGAUCUCGACCUGCAGGGCCAACGAUACUCGGUGUCAAUAUUCAUCUUCACCGUCGCCAGCGUCGUCUUCCAGCUUCCCUGCACCGUCGCCGUGCGCUGGGUCGGCCCCCGGAUCUGGUUUGCCGCUAUCACAUUCUGCUUCGGAUUGAUUACCCUAUGCACAGCGUUCAUCCAAACCUGGCGCCAGAUGAUAGCCGUUCGUAUACUCCUAGGCAUUUGCAUGUCGGGGAUCUAUCCCGGUUUGACGUACCUCGUCAGCACAUGGUAUACCAGACGGGAACAGCAACUCCGCUUUGCUUUUCUGCAGUCUGGGGAAGUCGCUGUGCUCGCAACGGGCUAUAUCGUGAACUAUGGAUUGAAUAAACUCCACGGCAAAGCUGGAUUAGAGGGCUGGCGUUGGAUGUACCUGGUCCAGGGUCUGAUCACCUGCGUUAUCGGAAUCAUAACGUAUUGGUGGAUAGUGGACUUCCCUGAGAACGCGCAUGGAAGCUUCUACUUUCUGACGGAGGCGGAGGCGAAAAUCGCAGUCCAACGUAUUCAGGCUGACCGUGGUGAUGUCGCCCUCGAUCCUUUCGAAUGGCGCAAGGUCCUCGUCAACUUUACGGAUCCGAAACUAUACGGCUUCGCUUGCAUGUACUUCCUGCUAAAUAUCGUCUCAACCGCAUUAAAUUACUUUCUCCCUCAGAUCCUUGAAUCAGGAAUGGGAUUUUCUAGUAAUGAGUCUAUUCUCCUCUCUACCCCACCAUAUUACUGGUCCGUCAUCCCAGUCCUCUUCACCUCUCUCCUCGGUGAUACCUACCGCAUCCGCGGGCCCCUCAUCACAUUCAACGCCCUGUGCCUUAUAGCAGGGUACCUAAUGUUCGGGCUCCCCACCUCAACCCAAAUAACAGUACGUUACAUCGGCACCUUCCUAGCCACAGGCGCAUACGUGUCCAACUGGGCGGCCCUCAACGCUUUCAUGGCGAACAAUGUCGUCGGCCAAUGGAAGCGCGCUACGACCGCCGCCGCCGUUGCUGCUUGUAACGGGCUGGGCUCCAUUGCAGGUAGUUAUAUCGUGAGACAGCAGGAGGCACCGGGGUACCAGACUGCAGUGUGGGUUUCGAUUGGAUCGCAUAUUCUUAUGAUUGGGAUUGUGGGGAUGUUUACAGUGGGCUUUUAUCUCAGUAAUGCUCGUCAGAAGCAUGGCGCGGUGCUUCAGAAUACGGUCGGUUUCAAAUAUACAUAUUAA